AUGGAACCCACAACUACAAGAAAGCGCCGUAGAGUUGAUGAAUCCGAAGACCCAGAUGCUUAUGAUGAUCACCCCCCCAGGUACAGACCAUCCCCAUUCUGUCAGGACUGUGGAGCGCGAUCGCACUCAGGAACAUGCCGUCCCCGCUGCCAUCACUGUGACAGGAAACACCUUGGGGCAUGCACUGCGUUCUGUCGGAAAUGUGCAGAGAUUGGCCACUCGUGGCGUCGCUGCCGGCUGUUCGUCCCUCAUCACAUAUGGGUAAAGCAGCGUUAUGGCAUGUGUACAAGCAUUCAGAAUGUCAAUAUCACGCUUCCUCUGCUCAACCCUGGGCCGUCAGUGACGACAACCUCCCUUAAUGCUGUCAUCCUCUCUCAAUUCGACGUUGCCUUGAGUGGCUUCCACAGAAAGGCAGGAAUUCCCAUGGAUUUGCGUGUCAUGGUGAACAAUGUCAACAUAACGACGAACAUUCUUGACUCAGAAAAAGCACCUCCAAUUGUCCCAGACAGGUCAUUACUGGAUAGAGUGCAACGAGUUCCUACCGCGCUCGAACAUACCCAACAACAGGCCCGUUCUUACAAAGCCCGCCUUUACUCAGUCAUCCUUCGGUAG